GUGAGAAGGAGCAGAAGGCAGACUCGAAGGACUUUGCCUACGCCCUUUCAGGAACCUGUCAACCUCACCCGUGGCACGCAAAAGGCGAGGCACCUUGCUUCGAAGAAGCGCCUGAGGGCAACGAGUGCAAUCCGGCAGAGGCAGCAAACUGCAUCUAUAGCACUGCGAAGGCAGUGCUGGAGCAGUCGCACCAGGAUUUUUUCCAGCAGCUCGUGUGCUCAGAUCCCCACUAUGCUGUUCUUUCCUCGCAGCUUGGGCAUGGCGGCAAGGAGAAAGAGGUUCCCGACCACCGGUCUUUGGGAUCUCUAUCCCAGAUCUCUACGGAGACACCAGAAACAGAGCAAAGCGAGGCUUCAACUCUGGAUACUGGAGAUGGACAUCAAGAAGACUGGAAGGAGUGGCGGUCCGAGUCCUGUGGCAUCAUGCGUUGCUGGGCCAUUGGUGAGUUUAUUUUUUGCCUACAACAGAGUUCCAAGACCUCACCUCUCAUUCUUGAGGCUAGCUCCACGAGCUGCCUCUACGCGGCAGACAACAAGCUUCAAGAGAAGCAGGUGAAGUUGCAGAAGUUUCAGAUGCCGCAGGACAAGCCAGAGAAGCAUGUGCCAGCCUUCCCAAGUGGCGAGCACGUGUGCGAAAGGCAGACCCCCAGGAAAACAGAAAGUUUGAAGGGGCGAAGCACAGACAGCCAGGGCUAUCCUAAGGAACCUGGCCGAGUCCGGCUUCGAAUUACUCCUCAGCACUUCAGCCCUCUUGGAACCACGUUCCGAGAUGUCCAGGUCGACUUCUUCACAGCCAGCUUCACAAUCAGAGCCAUUGAUUGUGAAGGCUAUGCAUGGACGGCAUCCUCCAACAACUUGCCAGGGCGCCUAGCCGUGGACCAGUGCAAGUUCAAGAUCAAUCCCAAUGGGAAGGAUGUGACCAUCAGCCUCAGCAAGGCAGAUGACGACCAGCAAUGGCGGGACAUGACCCGUCUCGAGCUCUCCCGCCCGUACAACCAGAAGGGGGACUUGAAACAUCCGCGUCCACCUACGGAGAACCAGACAAUCCCAGCACACAGGUCCAGGCCGGUGCCGUCGAGGCUUCAGCGCAACUUUAUCUGA